AAGAAAACAAAGAAAAAGAAGAAGAAAACGAAGAAGAAGAAAACGAAGAAGAAAACUAAUUUCCUGCACAUGCGGAGGUUACUUCUGGUUUCUACCACAGUAGCGGCAAGACAGUUUUCAUUGAUACAGCGCAAAAUAUUUGGCUACUUUGCAGAUUCAGUACAUUUAUUUAUACAUUUGUUAAGUCAUCAUGUCGGGAAUACCACCAGAUAACUGGCAGCCACCCACAGUGAGCCUGGAGACAACAAUGGGUACAAUUGUAGUGGAACUGUACUGGAGACAUGCUCCCAAAACGUGCAAAAACUUUGCUGAGUUGACCAUGAGAGGUUACUACAACAACACCAAGUUUCAUCGAAUUAUCAAGGACUUCAUGGUGCAGGGAGGAGACCCAGGAACAGGCCGUGGUAGUGCCUCCAUUUUUGGCAAACAGUUUGAAGAUGAACUAAACCCUGACUUGAAAUUCACAGGUGCAGGGAUCUUAGCAAUGGCCAAUGCAGGACCAGACACCAACGGAAGCCAGUUCUUCCUUACCCUAGGGCCUACUCAAUGGUUGGAUGGGAAGCACAGUAUCUUUGGGAGGGUGUGCCAAGGUAUAUCAGUUGUCAACCGCAUCGGCAUGGUUGAGACGAACUCACAAGACCGACCUGCCGAUGACAUAAAAAUCCUCAGKACGACUGUACCCAACUGAGACUCAUUCAUACAACCAGCAACUGCUUUCUUAUUUGUACAUUCAUUUUGUCAUGAUUUAUGCCUUUGAUUAAUUUUGUUAUUCUCAAAUCAAUAAUGUAGCAUAACCAUUGUGAUCAUUAUCACUAAAAUGAUUAUGAGUGACAUGGUAGGAAUGACACACUUGAGAAUAUGCCUGGUGUUUAUCUAAUGAUUACAUCUCAUCCUGUAACUUGAACAGACUACCACUGGAGGGAGACAAACAACAGAACAUACAGUAAUGUUGGUCUUUUUCAUAAGACAGUCACAUGGUAUAAAAAAAAAAGCCUACUCUGUUGUGGAAACAUUA